CACUCCCUCUCCCCCCACACCCUCCCCUUACGGCCGAGUGUGCCCCAGGAGGCGGCCGCCGAGGAUGGCUCGGACAAUGAUGGCCCGCUCGCCGGAUAUAUCUUGGUCGACUCAACCCUUCCUUGCUCUCCCUCAGCAGCCCUCGCGCCGACGCCAGGAGCACAAACAACAGCCGGGCAGACGGUCGCCGCCGAUGCCCCAUCCGCGAUGGAAAUCGAACCAGAGGCGGAAGAGGUGUCGUUAGCCUCUCGCAAGCAAGCCUAUAUCCCCCCCCAGCGUCGGUCCCCACCACCCGCUUCUUUGUCCCCCUCCGGUCCACAACCUCUCACCCAGGUCAGGGCCCACGGUGGUUCGCCCACCACGACCAACCAGCCUGCCCUGCUCCCCCUACCCACAGGUGGACAGUCGCAGGGGGCAGAUGGGGAGACGGAGGCGGCAGUUGCCGACCUUCUCAGGAUAUGGGACGCGUCCGCCACCCCCUCUGCGCCCGCUUGUCCAGGUCGGGUGGGGGGGGGCACCGUGGACCCUGCUCCAGACAUCUCCCAUACCCCCCCUUCCCCCCCGUCCACCGCCCUCACACCGGAGCGCAUGCCGGAGCCGAUGUUCUAUGCGUGCGUUGCUGAGACUUUCGGGCACUUGAGCGUGCCACUGCGAGAUUUUCUGGGGCUCUGCUCACAACGCAUAGCGACGCAGCGGCGGGACGCGGGUAGUGGGGAGGAGGCAUCGGCGCGGAUCUUUGAGUGCGCUCUCACCACGCGAGCGCGGGUUGCUGCUUUGUCGUGUCCCUUGGACCCCUCCCUCCUUACAGUCACACCCCUCCUCUCUUCCACCUCUCUCACCUCCCUCUUUCUUUUCCCUUACUCCUAUCUUUCUUGAUCCUCCUACUUCUUCUAUCCUUCUCUUUCUUUCCCUCUCUUUCUACCUUCCCUUCUCUUCUUUUCCUCUCUACUUUCUCUUCUCUUCUUUCCCUUCUCUUCCUAACUUCCAAAAACAUUACUGUGGUCGUAUAGCUCACACCCCUCCUCUCUUCCACCUCUCUCACCUCCCUCUUUCUUUUCCCUUACUCCUAUCUUUCUUGAUCCUCCUACUUCUUCUAUCCUUCUCUUUCUUUCCCUCUCUUUCUACCUUCCCUUCUCUU